GCGAUAGCAGGCCUGUGAUACAUAAUCGUGGGGGAGCCCCCUUCUCUGUCUUCCUGUCUAUCUCUCUCCUCUCUCUCGCUUUCUCUUCAUAAUAUUAAAACACGCCCUUCUGUCUUUUCGUUUCCUGUAUGUUUUGUGCUGGCUUUGCUGUCGCGAUAUAUAGAUGUGAUCAUGAUGUUUGUGAAUAAUAAGAGCCCAGUUUGGAGCUCUUGGAGCACGUCAUUACCGGCCUUGGCGAGGAGACACAUGACGGCCCUGUGUGUGGUCAUCGGUUUUUCAUUCCUUUUCACGGUUAUCUCAUUAUUCGACGGAUCUUACAACCUCUCAUGGAGAUGGACUUCCUCUCCAGCAUCCUCUUCAACGAAUGCAAGUGAGGAGAUAACGACGCCUCAACCGCUGGUCGCUAAUGGCAUGCCCCUCCGCAUCAUGUGCCUAGGCGCCUCCGUCGUCAAGGGUGAAGUAUCCAACGGCACCUACGGCUUUCGCAAGCCCCUCCGCGACACUCUUGUCUCGAUGGGCAACCCAGUCAACAUGGUUGGCUCCGCGCAAGUAGGCGACAUGAUGGACAACGAUGUUGAGGCGCACGGUGGCAAUCGCGUCGACCAGGUCUACGAGUGGGCGACGCACAGCGUGCCCGAUAUGAAGCCCAACCUCAUGAUUCUCAACGUCGGGUCCAACGACUGCCUACAACAUUACGAUACGGAGAACUACUACAAGCGUCUCGACUACUUCGUCAACUGGUUGCUGAAUACGUCACCAAGGGGUACCGUGCUGUUGUCGACGUUGUUGACCAAUACGGUCAAGAAUAUGGAGCCCUGCGUUCUGGAUAUCAACGAGCAGAUGAGGACACUGUACACAAUUCUCAAGUCGGAGGGGAAGCGGGUCGUACUUGCUGAGAUGCACUACAAGUUCGUGCCCGAGGGGGACACGUUGGAACGACCUCAAGUACACCACAUCACGCCUGAUGGCACGCACCCCAACGAUGAAGGCUACGGUCUCAUGGCGGACAUAUUCAUGCAGAGCAUUCGAGAAAUUGACGAACUGGGAUUUUUUCAAGAACCAGAGGACAACGGAAUCAUGAGCGAUGGGGAUGCGGAGAAGGUCAUUCAGGCUAAACAAAAGGUGGAAGAUGACAUUAGGAAGAUGACGGCCGAACUCAGGGAUACACCAGGUGUUACGGAGAUGCCUAAGAAGACGUCGACUAAAACGCCGGCGAAGUCACCAACAGAACAGCAUAAACGGAGGCGGCGGCGAUCAUAGGUUGUGCUUAAACGGGGUUUCACG